UCAUGAUAUGUGGGUGUCUAUGGUGAGAAAACAGAAUGUCUGAAAUGGUCCAAGUCACCAUAACUGAUGCCUACACAUCUCAAUCACAAUCACAAUCAUCAUCUCAAUCUGCUUCUCCUUCCUUCACCGAAUUCCCAUCUCAUCAUCGUUCUCGUUCCUCUGUCAUGCAGACUCUCCCUCCUCCCUCUUGCAUCAGAGAUUUCUGUUGCUGCUGCUGCUUUUCCCUCUCAUGAAUUUCGCUCUCGCCUUCAAUCUCCUCACCGAGUUCGGAUGUGGCUACGUUCUCCUCACCUCCUUCUAUCGCCUCCUCAACUUCCUCGGCAUGGUUCUCACGUUCGCCUUCUGUUUCAAGGUUUUGCGAUUCAGCUGGCGUUGUAAAAGCUCCAUACGCUUCCUCUGCGAUUUUGGAGGCAUACCCAGAUUGAGUUUGUGCUUGGACAAUGUGGUUUGGGAAGUUUCUGAACCGAAGGUUGCACGUUUGGAAAAUGGGCGUGACCCCAGUUCGAGUUCUUCGGUCAAAACGAGGGCCAGCAUUGCCGGGGAGAAAGGGAAUGCUAAUUCAGAAGAUGGGUCUGAGAAUGAAAGAGAAAUUGGUAAUGAGGACGAGGUGUUUGAUGUAAUGACUCUGAGAAAGUUGGUGAAGGCUGCGAGGAAGAAAGCCAAUGUGGCGUGUGCAGAGCUUGAGGAGGAAAGGACGGCGUCAUCCUCGUCCGCGGAGGAGGCAAUGGCGAUGAUUCUGCGGCUUCAGGGGGAGAAGAGCUCGGCUGAAAUUCAAGCGAAUCAGUUCCGCAGAAUGGCGGAGCAGAAGCUAGAAUAUGAUCAGGAUGUGAUUGAGUCUUUGGAGUGGUCGAUCACACAGCGUGAAUCUCAAAGGAGUGUGUUGGAAGAUCAGCUGGGGAUUUUGAGGAAGGAAUUGAAGCAGUAUAUUAGGGAGGAUGAAAUUAACCUACUUGAAGUGGAUGAUAGAAGUAGGGGUAGGGGUUCUUCUGGAUGUGAUCAAGAUGAUUCUGUAGUUAGUCAUUCUGAAACUGAAUCACAAACCUAGCAAGUUCCCAAGGUUGUUAUAUAGAAUGCAUCUACGUCAGUUUUAUUCUGACAUGUUUUGGUAUAGUGUAAAUUGUAAUAAUGUUGAGCCUAUAUAAAUUCUUUAAUUUUUUCUUUUUUGGCAUGCUGGAUUAGGCUUAACUUUCAGGUUCACUAGUGUAUAAAUUUGUGAGUAGAUUUAAUGAAGCACUUAACGUUGCAAGGA